UGUUAUCACUCUCCGAGAGGACGUCAGUGUGAGGACCUGCUGAGCUCGGAAGGAGGAUUUGGGAAACACCGGAACUUCCUUUAAGGUGGAUUUACGCACCGGAGACGCAUGGCAGAGCCGGGCUGGAACGACUUGAAAAUGCUUUUACCCACUUUGUUUGACUUUUGAGAAAGAGGGAAGGAGGCAGAAAGCGAGGAAGACGGAUACUUAUGAGUUGGUGUGAGUGUGCCACAGCCGGCCGUGUCUCCUCUUCGUGCCCGUACUUUUCUCUCUGCUCCUUCUCUGGGACGCGACAUGGGAUGCAGAAGCGCGCAGGGAUGCUGCCUGCUCGUGGCGUUGUCCUUCUGCUUCCUCCACGGCUGCACAGGUAACAUCACGGUGGCGGUGAUGCUCCCGGAUAACCACAACAAGUACCCGUGGGCUCUGCCGCGCGUCUUCCCGGCCAUCCUCAUGGCACACGAGGACCUCCGCAGUAAACACGGACUGCUUCUUGGCCGCACCAUCAACAUCUUGAAUUUCAGCACGGAGGAUCCCUUGGCAGGCUCGUGCGCAGAGAGCCGGGCGCAGGUGGUGGCUGUGGACGCGAAGCUUUACAACCGCCCGGACGCGUUUUUUGGACCCGGGUGCGUGUACCCGCUCGCCUCCGUGGGGCGAUUCGCGUCCCACUGGAAACUCCCGCUGAUCACCGCCGGAGGACCAGCGUACGGCUUCGACAAGCGCGACGAGUACCGGACCAUCGUGCGCAGCGGACCCUCCACCACCAAGCUGGGGGACUUCGCCAACGUCCUGCACACGCACUUCAACUGGACGUCCCGCGCCGUGGUGAUCUUCCACGACCUGCGGCAGGACGACCGGCCGCACUACUUCCUGUCAGAGGGAAUCUACCUGAACCUGAAGGAGGAGAUGAACGUCACGGUGGAGGCCCAGCCAUACGAGGACGACUUUAAGUACUACAAGGAUCUCAUCACGUUCAUGAAGGAGCGCGGGAGAAUUGUUUACAUCUGUGGCCCUCUGGACACAUUCCUGAACAUCAUGAAACUGUUUCAAAGUGAGAUCCAAGACCCAGAGAACUAUGCCAUCUUCUAUCUGGACGUGUACGCUGAGAGCUUGGCGGAUCGCAAACCGUGGCAGAACUCAGACACGGACUGGGCCGAUCCCAUCAAGGUCUUUAAGUCUGUUUUCGUCAUAACAUACCGGCCUCCUGAUAAUCCAGAGUACAAAGACUUCCAGAGCAGACUCCAUGCCAGAGCUCUGAAGGAUUUCGGUGUGCAGUUGGAACCCUCGUUGAUGGACUACAUUGCUGGCAGCUUCUAUGAUGGUUUCGUGCUGUAUGCAAGGGCUUUGAACGAGACGCUGGCAGAGGGUGGAGCCCAGAAUGAUGGAAUAAACAUCACAAUGAGGACGCAGAACCGCAGGUUUUGGGGUGUCACAGGGCUUGUUACUACAGACCACAAAAAUGCCAGGGAUAUAGACGUCAACCUCUGGGCGAUGACGAACCAGGAGACAGGAGAGUACGGGCUUGUUGCGUACUACAAUGGGACAACUAAAGACAUCAUUUGGUCCCAGAUGGAGAAGAUCCACUGGCCCAAUGGGGGCCCACCGCUGGAUAACCCCCCCUGUGUGUUUUCCACAGACGACCCCUCCUGCAACGAUGGUCAUCUGCCAGUUCUGGGAAUUGUGGCGGUGGGAUCCGGCUUAGCGCUCAUCAUUUUUGGAAUCUCUAGUUUCCUCAUUUACAGGAAACUGAAGCUGGAGAAGGAGCUGGCUGGAAUGCUUUGGAGGAUUCGGUGGGAGGACCUUCAGUUCGAGAGCCCCAAUAAAUACCACAAACGAGCCGGCAGCCGACUCACACUCUCACAGAGAGGCUCCAGCUAUGGCUCCCUGAUAACUGCCCAUGGAAAAUAUCAGCUAUUUGCAAAAACGGGCUAUUUUAAGGGGAACCUGGUGGCCAUCAAGCACGUCAAUAAGAAGAGGAUAGAGCUGACCAGACAAGUUUUACUGGAACUCAAACAUAUGAGAGACGUGCAGUUCAACCAUCUAACCAGGUUCAUCGGGGCCUGCAUUGACCCUCCAAACAUCUGCAUCGUGACAGAGUACUGUCCCAGAGGCAGCCUGCAGGAUAUUUUGGAGAACGAGAGCAUCAAUCUGGACUGGAUGUUCCGCUACUCUCUGAUCAAUGACAUCGUGAAGGGAAUGAACUAUCUCCACAACAGCUACAUCGGCUGCCAUGGAAAUCUGAAGUCAUCUAAUUGCGUGGUGGACAGUCGAUUUGUUUUGAAAAUUACGGAUUAUGGUUUGGCCAGCUUCCGCACGUCCUGCGAAAACGACGACUCGCACGCACUCUAUGCAAAGAAGCUCUGGACAGCUCCUGAGCUGCUCAUAUACGACCGCCAUCCUCCUGAAGGGACUCAGAAGGGUGAUGUGUACAGUUUUGGCAUCAUUCUGCAGGAAAUAGCCCUGAGGAAUGGACCUUUCUACGUGGAGGGCAUGGACCUCAGCCCUAAAGAGAUCGUACAGAAGGUGAGGAACGGUCAGAAGCCGUACUUUCGACCAACCACAGACAACAAAUGUCACUCGGAGGAGCUGACCAUCCUGAUGGAGGGCUGCUGGGCCGAGGAUCCCGCGGAGAGGCCAGACUUCGGCCACAUCAAGAUCUAUGUGGCCAAACUCAACAAGGAAGGCAGCACCAGUAUCCUAAACAACCUGCUGUCGAGGAUGGAGCAGUACGCCAACAACCUGGAGAACCUGGUGGAGGAGCGAACACAAGCCUACCUGGAGGAGAAGAGGAAAGCUGAAAACCUCCUCUAUCAAAUUUUACCACAUUCAGUAGCAGAGCAGCUAAAGCGAGGCGAGACGGUGCAGGCAGAAGCGUUCGACAGCGUCACGAUUUACUUCAGCGACAUUGUGGGCUUCACGUCAAUGUCUGCAGAGAGCACACCGUUACAGGUUGUCACAUUGCUCAACGAUCUGUACACCUGCUUUGAUGCCAUCAUUGAUAACUUUGAUGUAUACAAAGUGGAGACCAUCGGUGACGCCUACAUGGUGGUGUCAGGGCUGCCAGUCAGGAACGGAAAACUGCACGCCAGAGAGAUCGCAGGCAUGUCGCUGGCGCUGUUAGAGCAGGUCAAAACGUUCAAGAUCCGACACAGACCCAACGACCAGCUGAGACUCAGGAUAGGUAUACACACAGGUCCAGUGUGUGCUGGGGUGGUGGGUCUGAAGAUGCCCAGGUACUGUUUGUUUGGAGACACUGUCAACACAGCGUCUCGAAUGGAGUCCAACGGAGAGGCCUUAAAAAUCCACGUUUCCUCUGCUACCAAAGAAGUGCUGGAUGAGUUUGGCUACUUUGAUCUCCAGUUACGAGGAGAUGUAGAAAUGAAGGGCAAAGGCAAAAUGAGAACGUAUUGGCUUCUGGGAGAGAAGACUGAUGUGUAUGUUAUCUGAGAAGCCUGCUGAUAACGCCACAGCAGGAGCUCCGGUGGCCGAGCGAGCCCAUACUUUAUUUGUUCUAGAAUAAGUCCUUAUUGGUGAUUUCCGUGCAGAGGAAAAGAGAACGACAUCAUGUGACAAAAACAGAGGGGAAUUCCAGGUAUUUUUUAUUACCUGCAUACUGUAACUGAAAAAAAAAAGAAAAGACAAGAAAAAAAAUUGUAAAAGUUGUUUUUUGUAUGAAGAACCUUCCUGUCCUGAGAGUGAGUACUUUUCACUGAUAAAUUCUUAUUUUUUGUGCUUUCUAUAUUAAGAUUUGUAUAAUGUGUUUGGAAGUCAAUGAUGUAUUAAUAUUUCAUCCAUUGAGUUUGGAGGCACAGGAAUACAAUUGAUGUCACUGCAGGGUCCAUACAUAGUGUUACACAGUACAAGCUAAUAUGUAUAUAUGUAUAUCCAAGAUACUGUAAGAUAUUUUGUUCAAUAAACUGAGUACAACACUCUUUCCCAUUUAUA